GUAUGUAAUUAUUUACUCUUUUAGUUUUUUGCUGUUUCGUGUUAGAAUGGGAUUGGCAACACUGAUAAAGCUGCCGAAAGAGAAGAUAACCUGUAUUCGUUUAAACGAAAGUACGCGUAGAAUUUGAACAAUAUUUUGCUAAACUGCAUUAAAAGGUAAAUUAACGCUAUCAGAAAUAGUUACUUUAUAUAAAAUUGAAAGAUAAUAAGAGUUCAUCAUGGCAGAUUCAGUAAAUAUGUCACUGGAUGAGAUUAUUAAGAAAAACCAACAAGAUAGAGUCAGUAGAUCUCGCGGCAGAGGUGGCGGUAAUCGAGGGCGCGGGGGCGGGCGUGGUGGCGGAAGAGGCCGCGGUCGCGGUGGCAAUAACCGUGGCCGUUCUAAUAAUCGGCCAGCCACACCUGGUGGUAGGCAAGGGAGGUCCCGUUCACGCGGCCCCAGAGCACCCUCUCAAUCGCGGUCACGCUCACAGUCCAGAAACAGAUCGCGCUCGCGGUCGCGACAGCAGCGCAGGUCCAAUUCACGAGCCCGCUCUAGGUCUCGUUCACAACUAAGAGGUCUGACACCUAAAGGCAGAGCUGGCUUAGAGCUACAGCAAUCUGAGGUGCCCCAGUUGGUCAGGAGUGGGCGGUCUUUCAGAGGAGGAGCUCAAAAUAGAGGAAAUGUACACAGCAGAUUAGGUGUGACUACACGCAGGGGUGCUGCUAAUCUGCGCAGACCUUUGGCAGUGGCAAAGCGAGGAAUUUCUAAAAGAGGACGAGGGAUUAGUACAAAUAGAUAUAGUAAUAUUGGAUUAAGGUCUGACCAAAUUUUAAAAGAACAACGUCAAAAUAUGAUGAUGCAUAACAACAUGAUAAAGUCACAGACAUUCACUAGGUCCAGGAAUAAUUCUUUUAGUUCAGCUUCACAACUGACUGUCAGUGUUGCCAAUGAUUUUGCCAGGAAGCGUCGUAACAGUGUUGGCAAUGCAGGUUACCUGAACAAGCAAAGUCUUGCACAACUUAAUAACCAAUUCAGUGGUUAUAACACAAGGAGGGGGCCCAGUAGUGUUAAUUCAAUGGGUUCUAACAAGUCAAACAGAUCUAAUCGCUCUAUGCAGUCUAAUGGUGGUAGAUCACGUGGCAGUACAAGGUCACGUGGCAGAGGCAGGGGUGCCAAUCGUGGGGUUAGCAGAAAUUUUAUUAAUAAGCAAGUUCUGAACAUAAAACUACAGAAGGAAAUUGCUGCAAUUCAGGGUAAAACUUACAGCAAUAAUGUCCCAAAUGAUACACCAACUGGUGUGAAUUUCACACCAACACCAGCUGCCACAGGACAAACAUUGCAUCAAAGAUUUGCUAGUACAUAAUUUGGAAAAGUUAUUGACAUGAAAAUGGAAAUGUGAAAAAAAGAAAAAAGAUCCAAAAUGAUUCACCCUUCAUUGACCAGCAUUAACAUGGUGUAAGCAAUAUAUAAUUGCUCUAUUACAUAUUCAUUGUGUGAAUUCGUUUUAUUUUAUUAUUAUAACUUAUAAGCAUAGACUGUACUUGAGUAGAGUUAAAAUUAUUUAAUUAAUAAGUUCUUUUGUUUUAAGUUUUUGUUUGCUAAGUAAAAGUGAGACCCUAAUUAUUGAUUUUCUGCAACAGUGCAACUAACUUACAAUUUGAUAACAUGCUUCCUCUACAAAGUAAUAUGUAAAAUAUGAUAAGUAAGGACUGCUGUAA